AUGUCUCCCACCUGCGGGCAUUACCUUGGGACCGUUAGCUCCAUGGAUCUUAUGGGCCAUCUUCCUCGCAGGCUAAAUGUUUAUGGUUUGUGUGAGUUGAAGGUCUCUAGUGAUGGAAACUGCCAGUUCCGAGCUCUUUCUGACCAGUUGUACCGAUCUUCAGAGUACCACAAGCAAGUUAGGGGAGAAGUUGUUAAACAGCUCAAGGACAAUCGCACUAUAUACGAAAGUUAUGUUCUGAUGAAAUACAAACGGUAUUACAAGAGGAUGGCAAAACUUGGAGAAUGAGACCAUAUUACCCUACAAGCUGCGGCAGAUAGGUUUGCAGCAAAGAUAUGCCUGCUGACAUCCUUCAGAGACACUUGCUUCAUUGAAAUUUUGCCUCAAGACCAAGCACCUAAGCGUGGUGAGACUCCAUAAUAUAUUUCUUUUCACCUUCACUCACCGCUACUUGAUCUUAAGUAGCAUAUGGAAAAUGCACUCUUACAAAGUUGUGGCUUUAUAUGUUUGGAAUUGUGCAUUAUAACUCUUUAUACGAUAAUCAAGCGGUUCCAGUUCAGCAGAAGCCAAAGAGAAAACAUUGGUUGUUCUAGAAAGCAAGCCUCUCACAUUGAUAACAUCUUCGAAUUUUAUUCUUUCAGUAUUGUGCAUAAGUCAACAGUUUCAGACGCCGUAACUCUUCCUUCAUACUUGUAUACACACGAACUUGCUUGAGCUAUAACAUUUUUAAGCCAAACAAAA